UUUUUUAUUCAUCCUCAUCUCUAAUCAAAUGCUCCACAACCUAAACUAUUUGAUAUCUUGAAUACACCACAGAGUCCUCAACCAUGUUCUCUCCCCCCUCCAAUUUUGCUUCUUCUUUUUUUCUCCUCUUCUUUCUCUUCUCGAUUUCGCAUGGCUUCGAUACUCACCUGCACUUCUACUUCCACGAGAUCGUAAGCGGCCCCAACAAAACUUCUUUUAUCGUCGCAGGACCGAACCUGACAUCUCACGAAUUCGGAGACAUUGUUGUGUUUGACAAUGCCCUAAGGGUCGGGCCGGAUCCGAACUCGAAGCUCAUCGGUCGGGCUCAGGGCAUGAGCGUGUUGGCUUCUUUGUCCGACCAAUCAGUUUUGACACCGAUAAACUUCGUGUUCACCGAGGGGGAAUAUAAGGGAAGCACAUUAACCCUAUUUGGAAGAGUACCGGCCAGUGGCACGGCGGAAAGGACGGUGGUCGGAGGCACCGGGCAGUUCCGGCUUGCUCGGGGCUACGCGAUUAGCAGUGUGCUUCCGGAGCCCCUGACUGGAAAAGUUUGGAAAUUGGAUGAUUUUGAAUCUUAUCCUGCAUUGUUGGUGAUGUUCAUAUGCAACCACUGUCCUUUUGUAAAGCAUUUGAAAAAGGAUAUUGUGAAGCUCACUAAAUUCUAUAUGGGAAAGGGAUUGGCUGCUGUGGCAAUUUCUUCAAACUCGACGAUCACGCAUCCACAGGAUGGCCCAGAAUUUAUGGCAAAAGAAGCAAAACUGUUUAACUACCCUUUCCCCUACCUGUUCGAUGAGUCUCAGGAGGUCGCACGGGCUUUUGGAGCUGUAUGCACUCCAGAAUUUUUCCUUUUCAAAAAGGAUGGGCGAAGACCGUUUGAGCUAUUUUACCAUGGUCAGUUUGAUGACUCUCGACCGAGUAGCAAUAUCCCAGUUACUGGAAGGUUCUUCCCAAAACCAGAUUUGAGCCGCGCGAUAGAUUGCGUCCUCAGCGGUCAAAAAUUGAACUUCAUGCAGAAACCCAGGUUUUCGAUACCUGCAAUCAAAGAUAUUCGCGUCCCAUAUCGGAUUAAAGAGGAAAUCGUCGCUGCGAUGAAAUUUUCGACGCUGUUGUCACUUAGUACAUAUAAUGUUCACACAAUGUUUAUGAUAGUUGUGUGCAUAUAAUGUUUACACAAUGCUUAUGAAAUUUACGACACUGUUGUGACUAGUGCAUAUAAUUGUUCUACACAAUGUUUAUGAUAUUUGUGUGCAAAUAAUAAUGUUUACACAAUGUUUGUGAAA